AUGGAGUUGCUCCAAGCCGGGUUUGUGAUCGAGCAGGGCAAGCCGAUGUGCUCAGUUAACCAGGGUCUAGCAACAGGCGAAUCACUAGGUUCCAUGGAGACCAACCAGUGGCAACACAUCAACAGUAAACAAUCAAACAGUAAAUGGUCGCUGGUCACCAACUCGCGUAGCUUUCAUAGCACGACAGACCUCUCAAAUGGAGGCAACUCACCCAAAUUCUACUCAGUCAUCUGA